CUCGGCGAACAUGUGAGAAAACAAGUGAAAGAAGAAAGAAUUCUUCAACCUGUGAUGGCCUUGGGAGACAAAGAUGCAAAAUUUAUGUGGCCUCUACAUCUUUGGCACUCCAUCAAAGGCCAGCAAGCCAGAUUUCCUUUUGUCUGUACCAUGGAGGAGGUGAAGGACCAAAACGUUGGAGAUGUUCUGGCACUGUUGGAGAGCCCUCAGGAGGAAGUGGUGCAAGAAGUGAGGCUUCUGCUGAAGGAGACUCUGACAACUGUACGGGAAGGAUGGCUUGUGACAGGCCUGCUGGACUACUUCUUUACAUCCAAUAGUGGCCGUCUUCUUGACAUCUUGCUGGGAGUGAGUGAGCCCCAUGACCGACAUCUUUUAGAUCGACUUGUAGAGGGACUCAAGGGACCUGAUCGCUUCAGGUACACAUGCCUUUUGCUCUAUGCGGCUCGACGACAGCCUACAACAACUUGGUUACGAAAGUUUGUCAACCAUGGGGCUAUGCGAGAACUUCUGAACUGUUUGCAUAAUGAAGAUGAUGUCCCAGUAACAGUCAGUGGAAUCAUGGUCCUGGUUAUGCUACUUCCAGCACUGCCCCUAGAAAUGGGCCACUCACAUCUCACUAAUAUACUGGACAUCUUUUGCCGGUUAUUGCGGUGGAGCCCCAAGCGUGAGCAAGAUGAGGGCUUCCAGCCAUUUUUACAGGUUGCUGUAUAUUCCCUUUUCCAUCGGCUGUAUGCCCUAUAUCCAUGUCACUUCCUCACCUAUCUUCGUAACAAUUUUUCAAAACCGAAUUCCUCAACUUGCUUCUUUACAACCCUAAAGCCAAUGAUGGAGAAGGUUCGACUUCAUCCUCUUCUCAUAACAGAAACAAAAGAUUCUGAACUCACGAGGAGUAGGUGGAUUGGGUUAGAAACUCACCAACUGAUCCUUGAAUGUGCUAAGCUCUGUCUUGAUCCCAUUGAAGCCACAUGUGAGGAAUCAUGUGGGUCAUUUUUUACAAUGAAUGGUGGAAGUGAUAUACCGCUCGACCCUCAGCCUGUCCCAACAAACUGGAUGUUAAGUGCUGUAGAAAACAAUUUUUGGUCUCCUAGUUUGGCCCAAUCUUCACCAGCCCCUCUUCAGACCCCACGAGGCUCAGUUCCACAGACUCCUGUGUACCCCAUCCUUACCCCAAACCAGCGUGGCAAAGUAGCUGAAUCGCCUCCAGAAGCAGCCAUUGAGGCAACACCAGAGACAACACCAUUUACAUCACCCAUUAAAAUGGAGCCAAGCACCAUAGUGACACGCAGACCACUGUCAGGGAGGAGGGCCUUGACACUAAACACAGGUGGAGCACCUGAACCUGCUGGUCAGCCAGCUGAAUCCGAAGCUAACUCCAGCCCUAUGUCCCCUUUGAAGAAAGAUCAAGCUCCUUUCAGGUUCCCAGAAAACCAAGGUCAAGAUUUUUUCUUGCGAGCAGAAAGGUCAACUAUCCUGCAAACCAAGCUACAGCAAAUUCAGAGAGAGAGACAAAUCAACCAGAUAGAGAAUCUCUUUAGUCAGCACACUGAAAAUAAGAGUGAAACUGACAGCAAGAAUGAAGGGGAUGUGGCAGAGGGAAGAGAUACAAAGGAAGGUAAUUCUUUGGUGCCAAGGAAAGCUGUAGGGGAUAAGCAGAGUAUAGAAAAUGAUAUAGAAUCAAAAUCAAGUGAUUAUAGAGUAUCUCAAGUUGAUCUUAGGUACAGGAAACGAAAAGCAUCGGUGUAUGAUGGGAUCCAUCAUGUUGAUUUGACACAGCUGCAACAAGCAACAGGGCAUUUGGCUAAUGGGAAUAAUGAUUUGGAUUUUUCUAGUGAAGCAGCUCAGUACAGUGAAACAGAAGAUGGAGAGAAAAAUUACAGAUUGCCUCCCAUAAUAGAUCGUAGAAUAUCUGAAGAAAAGGAAUCUGAGGGUAGUGAGAGCAGAAAAUCGUCUGAUGAACCCCAGAAUUGUGAUAAAAACUGUGAUGAACCAGAGAGUAUAGGGUUAGGAGUUCCGAGCCAAAGAUCAAUGACAGAUUUAGUGAAAAAUAUAAAAACUAUGCGGCUAAGGUUUCUAAGUCAGUGUGGGCCUCCACCUGACCUAUCCCAGUACAAUAUGGUGAGUUCAAUGCGUGUGGCAUUAUCACCCACAAAAUCUGUAACUACUCCUGUGAAAACAUUACAGAGGAGUUCAUCCUGUCCAAAUUUAACCAGUGAAGGCCCAUCAUUGUUGGCACAUGUUUCUGAUGGGAGAGUGCGGAAGGAAUCAGCCAUGUCUUCUCUUACCUUGUCACCAACAAGACAGCCAGUCAUGAUGAGUGAAGCAGCCACACAGACUGAGGAAUCCAAUGUAAUUAAUCCAUAUGAGCAGCUUCUUGAUGUGCUUGUAAGUGGACCAGCAGUACCACAAUCAAAAACAUCAAGAGGAAGUUCAGGAGACGCAGACCAAGACUCACCUUCACCACAUCAGCUGUUAGACCAAUAUUUACAACAUAGUAGUAAGGCAAUUAACAAAGCCAAAAAUCUACUGUGGCAGCAAAAUGGUGGGACAGAUGAAGGACUGAAGAAUCAGGUCCGACUGAUGCAAACCAUGUUACUAUUGGAACGAUAUAAAAGAGAGGUACAUGCUGAAAGAAAUCGAAGACUAUUAGGAAAAGCUAAGAAGGUCUAUGCACUUGAAGAAGAGAAGCGUAGCUUGAAGGAAGAAGUGAGACAUCUUGAGAGUGAAGUUGCCAGAUUAAAGCAUGAUCUAAGCAAUGCACAGGUUAAUGCUUUAAACAAAGAACAGCAGCUACAGUUAGCCUUAAAUCAGCAACAGGCAAAAGUUAACCAGGUUUUUGUUGAAUGUGAGCGUGCCCAGAAGGAACGGGAACUCUUACUGCAACAGUGCAAUUCCCUUAGAAAAGAAAAGGAAACUUUAUCAACACAGUUGCAUGGAGCUCAAGCAGCAUUGAUUGAGAGAGAUAGACAGCUAACAGUUCAGGCUGCAUUGGCAGAAGAUAACAGAGCACUUAGUCAUCAAGUUGAGACCCUCCACAAACAGAUAACCCUUAUGGGUGAACUGCAGGAACAAUACAAGCAACAAGUGUGGCAACUCUCACUCUCAGGUGGGUUGGGUGCAAGUAAAGGUUUGACUUUAGAACGCAUGGCAGCUCAUCAGCAAGUGGAAAAGUUAGAAGAGUCUCAACGUAUUGCUGCAGCCAGUUUAGAAGCUGCUCUUGCACGUGUAGCUGAGCUAGAGAAUGCUCUAAAAGAAAAGGAAAGGGAAGUUGAAGAGCAACAACGUACAGUUAGAGCAGCAAAAGAGGCUGGUGCAGAGCAGUGUAGGGUUACUGAAAGACGAUGCCAAGCACUUGCUGCCACUAACCAAACCUUGGAAAGUUAUAUCUUGGAACACAAUGAUCGUAUUGAUAGACUAAGUCGACAGGUGCGAAGAUCCCAGAGAGGAAAAUCAGUUUGUAGUGAUGGUUUUGACAUUGAUCUAGAAUUAUCAGCUUCACCAUCAUCUGCCAGUUGUAGUAGUACUGCCACAUCACCCCCUGAUGACAUGACAGGUGCCCUCCUUGGAAGGCAGCCUGUUGUGCUUAACCGUCUAGAUGCUUUAUUGGAAUUAGAAAUGGAACCAGAAGGAAAUCAAAGAAGAAAGACCUAGACACAUUAACUAUCUGCAGAGAGUAACAAAGGCAAAGGUGUAUCAGUUAACAUGGAUGUUAGGAACAAGCUGGAUUUGUUUACACAGUGCUUUAGCUGCAGAUUGUUAUGAUAGUUGCAGUAGAACUUCAUAAGAGUUGCAGCCUUAAGCUAGCUGGAAAAUUUGGAGCCUCGAGUAAAGUUUAUCAGUGUUGGUAACCAGAUAUAAGAGAGGCAGGAUCUGAAAAGAAGAAUUUUCUGUGUUUGUUCUCUAAUAGUCAGUGAGUAGACUUUUUUAAAGUAGGUUUUACUUACUGUUAAUUAAAAUUGUUUACAGCUGAGGAAGUAACGGUAUAAAUGAUGGACAAGUACAGGUUGUUCACUCACUGGAUGGUAUACAAAGCAUGUUGAAUUAUUAUAGCCUUUCUAUUUAGCGCAUUGGAGAUCUGAGAAAAUGUACCACAAAUGGUUGGUGUGUUUGAUUCCUAUGUUUUAUAUUUGGCACACAUUGUUUACAAUAAAAAACAUACUCUGUCUUUCAAAACAUUCAGUAAUUAAAUCUCAAAUAUAUCAAAGAGACUAUAUAAUACACCCUCUAAAGCAAGCAGCUCUCUUUAUGAUGGAAUUGGACUGUAAUUUGGAAUUCACUCUGCCUAAACAUAAUUGCAAAUUUAAAAGUAUGAUUUGUAUUUGAUGUAGUAAUUUUGUAUUUAUGAUAGGAGAAGGUUUAAAGGGGAUGUAUAAGGUUAUAUUCAUUUUGUGGACUUGAUUUGGCAAGCUAUGAAAUCAUUAGUGGAGGAUGUUUGAUCAUCAGCGUACAUCUGUUCUUUUCAAGAACAGACAUUUCUGGAAACUUUGUUAAUACACAGAUAGGGAGAGUAGAUUUUUUAUCAGUUUACAGAAAUUUGAUGUGAAGGGAGAGCUCUUAUGGUUUCAUAACAGUGAUGGUUAUAAGAGAUUACUGUUGUUGUUUUUAAGAUAUUACAAGCUACUAGUCACAAACUCUGAAGCUGGGUGGUGAAAAUGCAGGCAGAUAUCUUUUGUGCUCAAGUUGAAAUUAGUUGAUUUUUUUCUUUGAAUAGAUACAUUCUUCUAGUUAUGAAAAUCUUGAUAGUAAAUAUCCAGUUUAUGUGAAGAAAGCUGCAUUCAGCAUUGGUUGCUGUGUUUUGCUCACAUGCCAUUUGUUUUUCUUCUUUUUAAUUGUUGAUGAAACAUUAAUUAAAAAGUGAUGUUAAUGUUAA